AAAGCAUGUCAUAUUGAAGGCCCAAUUUCAAGAACAUCUACAGAAUUGUGACAAGAAGGCCAUAAUUGAGCCUCAGCUGGUGAUGGUUGAACGGAACUUUGGACUUCACCUCCCACCCUCGCAGGCCGUCGAGAUCGAGGCUACUCUAUCAAAUGAGUGGGAUUUAGAAAUGCCUUCUACAGCAUUCCCCAUCAACUCAUCUCCAGAGAACGGAGAAAGGGUGGAGGAGCAUCAGGUGGUCAAUUCUUUCUCGUCCAGUUCCAAUACAUGGUCUGCCAUGGCACAAGGGACUGGAGGUGGGAAGGGUGGUUAUAAUACUGGGGUUUCUUAUGAUGGAUACAGCAAAACUGUACCUGCCAGGUAUGAGUCGAUUGAUCACCAGGAUCAGUUGGAAUAUUCUCAACCAGUCCUACCAAGGAAGCCUCAUUCCAGUAAAAAGAAAAAUAAUGGAAGGCCUGAAAGAGCUGAACCUCUAAGUUCGUCACUUCUUGUUACCUCUGCAGCUGGGAAAGCACUUCGAAAACCAUCUUCAAGCUCAAGUAAGUCUGCUUCAAUCAACUCAACUGAAUCGAACAAAACACCAAGAUCUUACGGACGUGGUCGAGCUGCUACCAUGCAGGCACAAGAAGGUUACCAUGUCACUAACCAGAACACAGGACCAGGAAGCUAUGUUGUCCAGUCCCCGCCGGAACAUAUAGACAGAAACAAUAGUCAGCCAGAUUCUUCAUUUGGUAGAGGAAGAGGUGCGAGCUAUUUGAAUGCUGAUCAACCAACUUUAAGAAAACCUGGAAUGAGUGAGAAGGGGACCAAGGAAGAUCUGGAAAAGGAGAGAUUGAAGCUGAUAAAACAGAUUAGGGAGGCUAAGUUGUUGGAGGAGAGAUUAGCGAAGGGAGAACUUUUGGAGGAAAAUCAGGUGUCCAAGCUAGCCAAGUUAGCAUUAAUGCAAAAUGAGCUGAACGAAAUCUGUAAGCAACUACAAAAUAAUAUCUGAAAAGAAAGAUCUAGUGCAGUGUUCAAACUUUAGGGGUACAUUUAGUUUAAAGUACUUUGAAACACAAAUUACUGAUUGAUCUAAACUAAACUCUAUACUUGAACGAUUUUAAAAAUUUAUUAUUUAUC